AUGGUAAGGAGUGAGUUUCCAUUAGAGGCAAUUGCUGUCUGUGGCCCCUCUGGCGUAGGGAAAGGAGCGCUUCUUGGCCGCUUGCUGAAGGAGUUUCCGGAUUAUUUUGGCUAUUCCGUCUCACACACAACAAGGGCGCCGCGUGAAGGUGAAGAAAAUGGACGCGAGUAUCACUUUUCUGAUCGUGCCACGGUGGACAGCAUGCGGGACAACGGUGAGUUUAUUGAGGUCUGCGAGGUGCAUGGGAAUUUGUAUGGCACUAGUGUGAAUGCGAUAAAUGUGGUUCGGGACGCCGGAAAGGUUUGCAUCCUUGAGGUGGACAUUAAAGGUGUUCAAAAGAUACGCAAUAUGAAAGAGUCGCUGAAUGUAUUGUACAUUUUUGUUACUCCCCCAUCGAUGGAGGAACUGUGCGAGCGCAUUCGGAAGCGGGGGGCGGACAACGAGGAGGUCCUUCAACGACGUCUCCGCACUGCUGAAGAGGAGUUGCGGUUUGUCGAGGAAAAUUCCACUUUUUUUUCUCAUAUUAUCCUCAACAAAGACCUUGACGUGGCGUACGAAAAGCUACUGCGCAUUAUUGACGAGACGUUUGAGACGUGUAACAUGUGUAAACUGAGGCAGGAUUCCGUGCAAUAA